CUGCCUGGCCGCCCGGUUUUUAGGAGAGGAUAAGUUGGCAAAGGGAUGUGACUGCGAUGAUGGCGCUGCAGCUGAAGAACGGGGAUGCAGCGUACUACCAGAGUGCGGAUUACUGCAGAAAUUACACCUCGCCGCCUGUCAGCUACGGUGACAGCAACCAUUAUCUUGCCCGAUUGCCAGGCCCGGAGACCAUGUUGAAACCUCCCCUGAGUCUCUUCAGCCAUCCCCAGCAGCCUUUCCACCACAUGGACUCUCUGCACCAGCUGGGACCUCCGCCAAUGGCGCCUACGCAGCCUCUCGGUCCACCACCACUUGCCCCUGCUCAGGCAAUGGGACCCCCAACUAUGGCUCCCACCCAGACUCUAGGCCCCCCUCCCAUGACUGCUACUCACACGUUAAGACACCCACCCAUUACCCCACCACACAGCUUAGGCCCCCCUCCAAUGGCCCCAGCUCAGCCACUAGGGCCUCCACCAAUGGCACACACCUUGGGGCCCCCACCUGUUGAUCACACACAAGCUAUAGUGCCUCCAGCCAUGGACCUCAUACAACCGUUGGGGCCUCCACCUCUGAACCCUGCCCAAGCACUGGUGCCCCCACCUGUAGUCGCGCCCGGAGCCGGCCGAUUCCCCCUCCCUCCCAGCCCCAUGUCCUCCCCUCCUGCUCCAGGCCCAGACCCUUCACACCUCCCCCCAAGACCCCCAGGACCAGCUCUAAUUCCAGCCCCGAUGUCCUGCCUCAUCCCUGGUCCUCUGCCGGGUCAGGCUGCCCCAGCAAGCGAGCAGCCCCAGGAUGAGGGCUCUCUGCUGGGGAUGGAGGAGCAGGAAGACUCUCUGGGGUUGGGGGAACUGUGUAAACCACUGUACUGUAAACUCUGCAACGUUACCCUCAACUCUGCUCAGCAGGCACAAGCUCACUACCAGGGGAAGAACCACAGUAAAAAGUUAAGAAAUUUCUACGCUGGCAGUCAACAGCCUCCAGCCAUCAGAAUCCCAGAAGUCCUCGAGGCAGCUGGCCAGACAUCCCUCAGCUCAGGAUCAAACGACAGUGACGCAGGCAGGCAGGGGCAGUAUAAGGGGGCGACCCGGGUCAUCUUGGCCACAGAGAAUGACUAUUGUAAGCUGUGUGACGCCUCCUUCAGUUCACUGGCAGUGGCACAGGCCCACUACCAGGGCAAGAACCAUGCCAAGAAACUACGGCUCGCUGAGGCCCAACAGAACUCCAAUAACAUGGAAGGCAGCAGCGAGGCAGCCCCAAGAAGAAACAGGAAAGAUGGCAGCGAGUACAGACUGGUGAAAAACCGCCGCAGCCCACAGCUACCUGCUUCCAUGCCAGGGCCGUACUACAACCCUAGACCGAGGCAGCGCAUCCCCAGGGACUUGGCCAUGUGUGUGACUCCCAGCGGACAGUUCUACUGCUCCAUGUGCAACUGCGGAGCCGAGCAGGAGACGGACUUCAGGCAGCAUCUUGAAAGCAAGCAGCACAAAGCAAAAGUGUCAGAGUUAAGAUACCGCCACGAGAUGGAGAACCUCGGCUACAGCUAAGAGACACAAGCGGGGAGAGGGGGGGUAGACCGAGAUUAGAGUGGGACAGAAUAGGUGGAGAGACAGUACAAAUCCAAAGUGCAGGAAAGCAAAUACUACCCUGUGUUUGAAGGGCAUAUUUAGUGAAGGGAUUAGCCCAAAUGGCCUCAAGAUCUUGUUGCAAUUCAUUUGAUAUACACUUAAAUACUUAAAUCCUCGUAUUUGACAUAAUGUUCUACCAUAUGAAGUUAUAACUGGAUUUGAUGGAUUUAUUUGAUCUGGGUUUUACUCUUGAAAUUUAGUCUGUAUUUUACAGCAGGCUGGAACAUGUGCCCAGAGAACAGGAGUUUCUGGAAAGGGUGGAUUUUUGAUGGGGAAGUCAAAACGUCUCUUUUUUAAGAAACUGGCACAGAUCAUGUUUUUAACCCAUCACCUUUUGUUAUACUGUCUCUGGUCAGCCUUCCUCUGAGGUUUUGAGUAGGUUGUGCUCUGACUCAGGAUCCAGGUGAAUGCAAAUGAAUUGCAAGCAAAUCUUGAGCUUGUGCAGGCUACGGGGGGAGAACUAGAGAGAGAGAACUAAUGGUGCACGGAGUGCAAAAAUAACAGGAGAGGAAGCACACUUAGGAAAGACGAGGACAUCUAGAGAGUUCAAGCCAUAGAAAUAGAAUGACUCAUUUUAUUUCUCUGGCUCAAGCAUUAAGAGAGAAUGCAAAAUGUUGAAAAUAGAGAGAAAGUGAUUGUGAGAGUAAAAGGAAGUAUAGAGGGAAACACCUGAGGUCAGAACACGUCUCAUCCUUGGGAACACAAUCAUCACCGAGGACAAAGUUUGAGACUUGAUUCAAUUCCUGCGUGUGAAUCAGCCCCACAGGUAUUUUUCUACAGGCCCUACCGCAGGGACUUCAGGGCUGCUUAGUGACCACUGCGCUACAAAUUCAACAUCUUUAGAAAAAAACAUCCAAAGCACUAUUUGCUAAUUUAAAACGACAAAGCACAACAAACAUCUGGUAGAGGUGGUGGUGUUAGAUGACUCUGUUAGCCUUAGCUGACCUCUUAGCAUAGCGGUCCUUUGGUGUGUAUCAGGCUGAAGGCUACACCCCGGCUAGCCUUGUUUGUGCCUUUAGUGAGAAUUAGGCUAAAGAGUAAACUUUGGCUAGCCAUUUUGACGUAUAGUGGAAACCAAUCUACAGUAUUGAUUGGGUUUUUCUAUAUUCUGUGUCUCUCUUCUUGUGAUAAAUCCACAUAAAUAUUAUGUACAUAUUCUCAAAUGAGGUUAUAGAUGUAAAUAUAGGAUGAUAUACAAAAAUACUAUUGAUUCUUUGGUUAAUGUUAGCCUAGCGUAUCUUGUAAAUACUCAUAAUCUAUUUAAUAAUUAUCAGGAAUCUUGUACAAAGUGUGCACUGACUGAAUGUCUGUCCAUCAGCUCUGUAUGUUUGUGGGUGGAUUUUACUGUAGACCCUUCUGUACCACUUUGUUUGAUGCUCUUGUUCAUUGGUAGAGUAACUCUGGUACCAUCCGUCUCGUUAAAAACUGCUAGUCUCAUCAUUGUGAC